AUGAUAGCCCCCAAAGCUCUUCUCCACCUAGUAGCCUUUGUCCCUCAUCACCCCCAGGACAUGCUGAUGUCGGUCCACCCACUACAAAAAGGCGGGGUGGCAUACGUUUUAAAGCAGAAUUUGCAGUCCAGUUACCACCCUUAUGUCUGGAAAACUCCCCCCACUCCGCAGGCUGAGCGUAAGAUGGCAAGCGUGAUGGGACGAUUGACUGGCGGUAUGGAUUCAGACCUUGACGAUGAUAUGACCUGCAAAAUAUUUUCUCAGGGCUUGCAGCGGUUGUCCUCUGAAGGAGUGCGCCGUGCUGCUUAUUACAAGGAGGCAGAACUUGAACAUCGCCGGCAUCUUUCAAUGGCUUUGGCUUGGGAGGCAGAGAAGCUCUCGAGGCUCAGAGAUUUCAUCGAUUGUGAGCAGCAGGAGCAGGAGGAUCAAACUAUUCGGGCAUUUGAGGAGGCAGCGCUCUUUACACGCAUGGUGACUGAUCGCGACGCAGGGCGUGCUUCCCAGGAUCUCGAGUUCAUCACUUCAAUCCAACAGGAAGAGGCAGCAAGGGUCAAACAGUUGAAUGCUGAGCUCGAUGAGCUGGAUAUAUUUCUUCCCUUGGACCCGCCAACUUCAGAUUUCGACGAUGGGUGCUGUCACUGCUGUGGGUGA